AUGAAUGAAGCAGCAACACCUCGAGACAACUGCUUCGGCGGAGAACUCAAAGAGCUUCGAACUCAAGAACCCACUUUUUGGGAUUUGAGACGAAAAGAAACAGUCCGGAAAAAAAAAAACGGAAAAACACCAAGCUACCAUUCUAACACCUCCCUCCCUUCCCUUACAGGCAACUGGGAGAGGAAGCGCCCUGUGUGGGUGAUGCUGAUGGUCAACUCCCUGACGGAGAGUGACAUCCGGAGCCGAGGGGUGCCUGUGCUUGACCUGUACCUGGCGCAGGAGGCGGAGCGGCUCACGAAGCAGACGGGGGCGGUGGAGAGGGUCGAGGAGCAGUGCGUCCCUCUCAACGGUCUCAAUUUCUCGCAGGUGGUAUUCGCCCUCAACCACACGUUGUCACAGCAGGAGAUCUUGCGCGCCGGAGAUGGUCGUCUGACCUUCACCACAGAUGACCUCAUACGCCACUAUAACUGCGGUGACCUCGAUGCUGUGAUCUUCUCUCAGGACACCACACAGGUCCCCCACCUCGGCAACUCGUCCCUGCCUCCCGUCGACGCCGCCACGGCCACGCACAUCGACGAGUACUUCCGGGAGGAGCUCAUCUACCGCCGCAACCAGCGCAUGGGCGAGCGCGUCGUCGAGAUCCUCAAAGCCAACCCCGACCAGAGCUUCUUCUUCGCCUUCGGGGCCGGUCACUUCCUGGGGAACCACACGGUGCUCGACGUGGUUCGUGCCAGCGGGAUGCCGGUCAUGCACGUGUCGCCCGAGAUGCGCCUCAAGAGACACAAGCGCCGGAAGGGACACAGGGGCGGCAUAGUGCCAGAGCCAUCCGUGCUGAAGGACUUCCUCACCUCCAACACUCUCGACGCCCAGCACCAACACGACCCCGCUUUCGCCAAGUUCCUCUCUGAGCAAGCAGCAGGGGGCGGGGCCAGAAGACACCGGGGACCGCCCACAACCAGCGAGCCCUCGAGAAAACACGCCCAUUUCAAUGACCUCUGGGUCAGAAUAGAUCCCGAGCCGCUAGGGCCGAACGACCCCGCCUCCCCGAACUCGGAGGGCACCACCAGCGUGCCCGUGGACUCCCGCGACGCCCAGCUGGUGCGGGAGUCCCUCCGGGUGUGGUAUGGCCUCCCCUCCGACGACGACAACAGCAGCAGCGCCCGUGCCCCAACGCCCCUCCUCCUGUUGUUAGGGGUGCUCCUGGCCCUCCUCGCCUGCUGCUGGAGGACCUCCUCGCACUCGGGGCAGACGAUCAUGAGGUGAUUGCGAGGCGACCGGAACGCUUAACCAAACCUCAGCCACGUAACUAACAAUCCUCCACAAAAGGGGUUUCGAAUCCCCCUUGCGCGUACACAAGAGCGUACUCCACAACGGUUCAUCGGGCGUUUGAAUCCCUUAAUAGGAAGUUUGUUAGUUACCAAUCUCACUCAGCCAUCCAAGGUAACCGACCAGUCUUCUCCGGCCUGUACAGCAGCAUAAUCUGAAGCCAUCCAGCCUGCCGACCCAAGUUCAGCCUGCAGUCGAUCACCGUAGAGAAAGAGCGAGGAAGAGAGAAGAAAAGACGCAAGGAAGAGAGAGACAAAGAGUAGAGAAGGAAAAGAGAGAUAUUGAUACUGAAAGAGAGAAAGAGAGAGAGAGAGAGAGCGCGAAAGAAAGAGAGGUACAGAUAAAAAGAUAGGGAAGGAAGAAGAGAGAUAAAGAUAAAGGGAUAAAGAGAUAAAGAAACAGAUAAAAAACGAGGCCGAGAAAAUAAAAACCUAAAAAGGCGGCGACUUGAACACCGAGCCACAGAUUGUAUUCUCAGGAGCUCACGAAUAUAAUGCAUAAUAUUUACGAGAAUGAAUCAAACCCUCGACCGUUAUGCAUCGCUUGGUGUUCAGUAUUUUGCCAAGGUAUUUAGGGCUUUACGAUCUCGUUUCGUAAGUGUUGAAAUUGUGUGUCUUUUGUCGGUAUUGUAGGUGGGACGAUUUUUUAAAAACUUAGAUUUGUGAUUUGAAAGAUAAAUUAUUCGAUAAAUUAUCAAUAAAUUAUAAAUUAAAUGCAAAACUAUUCGAUUACGCACCGAAGUUAAUAAAGUAUAAAGAUGGGAGGAUAAAUACGAUAGGAGAGGAGAAAAAAUCGAAAUUUUCACACGUCCGUAGGUAUAAAAAAAAAGUUCGCCAGUCAUUUGUCUGGAUCAGAGAGACAGACUAUUAUAUUCUUGCGAUAACAGUGUAAUUCAUUGAUUCGUCCGUUGAGAAUCUAUUCUAACAUGAAUAAUAAUAAUCUUCAGUAUCCUAAGAGCAGGAGGACUCUGACUAUUAUUAGGAUUUUCACAGUAUAUUAGGCUAGUAGAAUUUUUGUUGAUAACUGAUUAGUUUUCAAAUGUAUUCCUUCGUGGUAUUCGUUGUCGAUUCGUCACAAAUACAACAAUUUCUCUUUUUAUAUGUAAGUUAGCACUUGUCUUUUUUUCCUCUUUUGCGGUAAAAGGCCGUCGGUUUAUCACGUCUAGAGACGGAUCAGCUAAUAUUUAUUUUUAUAUGAUUCUGUCACGAUGUCAUGAGGCAUAAUAAAUGAAGCAAAACACAUUUAGAAUUAGCUGAUGAGAAUCUUGAAUCUUGAGAUCCCACCGAAGACAAGUACGGCUGCUAUAAUUAUAUUUUAAAGAUUCUUGUACCUCGACAUCUGCUCUCUUUCGACUGGGCUCAUGAAUUUAGAGUUUGAGAAAAGAAGAGAAUGAAAAAAAGGAAUAAAAAUACUAAAGAAAGAAAGAAAAAUAAAUGAAACUAGGGAUAGAAAUACUGAAGCAACAGAUCAUCACCGUAACUCACUUCACAGACGCGUGUGGUGUGUUAUUCCUCAUUCCAGCCUUGUGUGUCUAUUGCACCGUAAACUCCGUCUCGCAAUGUACAGGGGUAGUUGCUUAACAGGAAGCAAAUGCAUAUAAGAGGUAAUUUACUUUUGAUGCCGAUUACGUCUACUGUGUGUAAAAAGGAUCAGAGUGUGUAUAUUUAUGUAGAAUUAUCAUUAUAUGGAUAGUUCGUAAGGAUUCUUCCGUCGUCAAGGUUUAGUACGUACUGUUUAUUAUAAAAUGUAAAUAUUAUAGUUUUAUCGGCGAAUUUGAUGUCUACAGUUGGUUACAUGCACGUUGUAAUCGAUGCAAGGGUGGGUGUUCAGUACCUGCAUUGGAAGUGUAUCAUAGAGUGGUAUUGUACUAAGAAGCGUGUCGUUUUGCAUGAAUUAAACCAUAGUCAUUCGUGUGCCAUAUAGAGGAGAAAUCGGCUGAUGUUGUAAAGGAAUACUCACUGAACUAAAACAAGUGUUGCUAUUGUAACUGAGUUUGAAAUUGCGUACUGCAGGUCCAGGGUAUCAUAAUGAUUGUAUGUGGAGGAAGGUUAGUGAAAUGAAACCGCUUUCUUUUCAAGGAAAUAGCACGAAAUUGUUAGCUUGUAUUCUUAGUAAAACUUGUACAGUGAGUUUGAUGCUUUAACGAAGUAAUUACUUAAUUGAAGUAAUGAUCAAUUUAGCAUUGUUAACUGCCAGUUCGAUUUGAUAAAAUUUAGUCUGGCGUAGAAAACAAAUUUAGUUAUCAGGAAGAAAUGUGUGUUUUCUGCUUUCAUACUUUGGCAACAUUUUUUAAUGUAACAUGUUUUUGAAAAUGUUCCUUGUUCGUGUGACUUUAAUUGCAAAUGCUGAUUUUAGGUGGUCUUAGAAAAUGUCAGCCUUUGAUGUCAACACUAAUAUUUUGUACUGUAGUGUAGAAGUUAAAACAUUUAUACAAGGUAAACGAAACUGCAGUCAGUAUUAUUUCUUCAUAAAACAUAUGACUCACUGGAACAGACAAUCAAAUGCAGUUGUUUCAGCAGAGUCUCGUUGCCACUAUAGUGUUCAAAAAAGGAGUCUGCAAGUUUUGAGAGACUCGCGACUUAUUGAAGCGUUGAAAAGAAGCUCAUUUUAACGACAUGACUCAUCAGAUACCUCUUCGGUAUAAGAUUGUUCUCUGUCUGUGCCACAGGUGCUCAGUGCUAGCGCGAAAACCUAUGUAGAUUUACAUGUUUGUUUAUUAACCUACAGUUGUACAGUCCCCCCCCCAUUUCCGUUGUUUAUGCAAGACUUUUGCACACGUUUCCCAUUUAUAACUAACUGCCAACGGAGUGAAGAAAUUAUAACUUGCACGUAAUGUUUAGUGACGUGUUUCAUGAUUUUAAUCAUCAUCGUCAACGUAAAGCUGUACAGAAAUACAGGUAUGUUUUAUGUUGAUAUCUACCUGAUGUGGAAGUAGUUAGAGGUAGGCAGAUAAGACAAUGGGUGCAGAACGUAUGUAUACUUUUUUAUGUUGCCCCAUAUUGGGGAUGUCACAUUGGGCUCCAUCGCUAUAUACCUCAGAAUGUAGGGGUCGUUUUGAGUACCCAUAAUGUAUACACUAGUUUCAUAUACUGUGACUAAUAUUAUUUACUUAUAAAUGAUUAUUCCCAGGACAAAACACACACACACACACACACACACACACACACACACACACACACACACAUGCAUUCGAAAUUGUGAAAAAAAUGUAUGAAUGUUAUAAGGAAGUAAAACUUAUAUCAUCCAUUGCAGUUUUGUUAGAUCAGAAGUGUGAAUAGAAGCGCCAGUCUUUUUCUAAUUUUAUACCCAAAUUGUGGGAUGGAAUUCAAAACAACUUUUUUCUAUAUAACGAUUAAGACAUCUAUUAAGGGGAGAAAUGUAGCUUAUUUGUGCAUAAGUUUUUAAUACUUAUUAGUGGCAUGUGUCUUGCUAUGAAGCCUUUUGUGGGUACCCUGACGACCUUCCCUUUGGUGUGUGUGUGUGUGUGUGUGUGUGUGUGUGUGUGUGUGUGUGUGUGUGUGUGUGUGUGUGUGUGUGUGUGUGUGUGUGUGUGUGUGUGUGUGUGUGUGUGUGUGAAAGAGAGAGAGAGAGAGAGAGAAAGAGAAAGAGAAAAAGAGGGAGAGCGAGAGAGAGAAAGAGGAAGGCGGUCAACGAAAGGGAAGAGAGAAAACAGGAGGCCUCCAUUAGACCAGAAAUGAACACACGCCGACAGAACAGCAUCUACCUCAAAUCGGACAUCUUCACCCACGUGCAUUUCAAACAUCAGCACACAAACAAAACCUCGUAGUCCUAUUGUGCUAAAAUUCUCCCGUGUAUUUAUGUGAAAUUCUAUCAUGGAGGAAUAAGUUUCACCAUAUACUACCAAUGACGUUUCCCAUUCCAUACUUCUUAAUUAACAGGAUGAUGAAACUACAGCUUGUAAGGAUGAAAACUCUUUUAAUACGAGUAUUUGUGAAGAUGUAAUGGAUUUAUUUCACAAAUUGUAUAACUCCUUGUAUCUUAACUUUAUUAGAUAAUGAUGUAACAUUCAUAAUAAAAAUCCAAAGCUAU